GUAAACAAGCAACCAGGUGUAAUCAAAAUGUGGUUCUAUCUAAUCGCAUUGGCGAUGACCUUGGCGGUGGUCUGGGUGCGCAAGCGGUAUUCCUACUGGAAAGAUCGAGGAAUUCCGUACGUGGAACCAAGCUUCCCGGCGGGUAACAUCCGUGGAAUGGGACGUACGAAGCAUCUUUCGGCCCAAAUGCAAAGCUGCUACCAGGAACUUAAGGGACAAGGGCCAGUCGGUGGUAUCUUUUUCUUUAUCAACCCGGUAGCCAUAGCAUUGGAUUUGGAGUUCAUCAAGACUGCUUUGGUGAAAGAUUUCCAGUACUUCCACGACCGAUCGGUUUACUACAACGAAAAAGACGAUCCCCUUUCGGCACAUCUCUUCACGAUGGAGGGUACCAAGUGGAAGAAUCUGCGGGCCAAGUUGACUCCGACGUUCACUUCGGGGAAGAUGAAAAUGAUGUUCCCGACCAUCAUUGGAGUGGCUGACGAGUUCCAAAAGCUCAUGAGUAAGGAAGUUGCAACCAACGGUGAAAUCGAGAUGAAGGAGAUUCUUGCACGAUUCACAACCGAUGUGAUUGGUAGCUGCGCAUUUGGGUUGGAGUGCAACAGUUUGCACGAUCCGGACGCUCAGUUCAGACGAAUGGGCAAGAAGAUAUUCUCGUUUGCCAACGGAAGGUUUAUAAAAGCCGUGCUAGCGCAGCAGUUCCGUUCCUUGGCCCGCACGCUUCGCAUCUCUCUUGUUGAUACGGAAGUUUCGGAGUUUUUCAUGAACGCAGUGAAAGACACUGUCAAAUUUCGGGAGGAGAACAAAAUUGAACGCAACGACUUUAUGAGUUUGCUGAUGAAGCUAAAGAAUGACGAAACUGCAAAUGGAAUGGAGGCUUUAACAAUCGAGCAAAUUGCUGCCCAGGCGUUCGUGUUUUUCUUGGCUGGUUUCGAAACGUCUUCCACCACGAUGUCGUAUUGUUUGUACGAGCUAGCACAGAGUGCUGAACUUCAAGACAAGGCACGCAAAAAUGUCUUAGACUCAAUCAAGAAGCAUGGCUCCUUGACCUACGAAGCAAUGCAGGAUUUGCACUACAUCGACCAGUGCAUCAACGAAUCCCUUCGCAAAUACCCCGUGGUAUCCAGCCUGACUCGUUCCGUAUCCAAGGACUACAAACUUCCCAACAGCAGCGUCAUCCUGCCGCAAGGAACCACUCUAAUCAUCCCCGUUUACGCCCUUCACCACGAUCCGGAAUACUACUCCGAUCCGGAACGGUACGAUCCGGAUCGUUUCACACCGGACCAGAUGGCCAAACGGAACCCGUACUGCUUCAUACCGUUCGGUGAAGGUCCCCGUAAUUGCAUCGGUUUGCGCUUCGGAAUGAUGCAGGCUCGGGUUGGGUUGGCGUAUCUGCUGAAGGACUACCGCUUUACAUUGUCCAGCAAGACGCCGGUGCCGGUGAAAAUCUCCCCCCGAAGCCCGGUUCUCUCGUCCGAAGGUGGACUGUGGUUGCAAGUGGAGAAGAUAGUGAGUAUGCAAUUUGACUCGUUCCCAAUGUGGAUCUACUUGUUGAUAUCAACCACCGUGCUUCUAACGCUUUUCGUUCGAAGAAAAUAUUCCUAUUGGAAACGCCAUGCGGUCCCGUUCAUCCAGCCACGUUUUCCCUUUGGCAGCAUCACGCCCGUUGGUGAUCGCGUCCAUUCGUCCCAGCUGAUGGCCCGAUUCUACAACCAACUGAAAGGAACCCAUCCCUUCGCUGGGAUGUACUUCUUCACCAGUCCGGUUGUUUUGGCCCUGGACCUCGACUUCAUCAAAAACGUACUCGUGCGUGACUUCCAGUACUUCCACGAUCGAGGUCUGUAUCACAACGAAAAAGACGAUCCCUUGACGUGCCAUCUGUUCAACAUCGAGGGAUCCAAGUGGACCAAUCUUCGCAGGAAGCUGCUUCCGACCUUCUCGUCCGGCAAGAUGAAAAUGAUGUGUCCAACGAUCCUCGGUAUUGCCGAUCGGUUCCGAACGUCCGUUGAGAAGUGUCUGGCUCAGCAAACGGAAAUUGAAAUGAGGGACUUCCUGGCACGGUUCACCACCGAUGUGAUUGGAACCUGUGCCUUCGGAAUCGACUGCAACAGUUUGGAGAAUCCUGAUGCCGAGUUUCUCAAAAUGGGCAACAAGAUAUUCGAGGUUCCAACUAGUCGGAUUGUCGCAUAUUUUUUCGUCUCUACGUUUAAAGAGUUGGCGAGAAAGUUGCACAUCAAGGCAGUUCCCGCAGAUGUUUCGGAAUUUUUCUACAAGAUCGUCCGGGAAACUAUCGAUUUCCGGCAGGCAAGUGGUGUUCAACGGAAUGAUUUCAUGAAUUUGCUAAUGCAAUUGAAGGAAAAGGGUGAACUGGAAGGUUCAGAUGAGAAGCUGGGAACGUUGACGCUGGAUGAAGUGGUCGCACAGGCGUACGUGUUCUUCUUGGGGGGAUAUGAGACUUCCAGUACGAACAUGUCCUUUUGCGUGUAUGAGCUAGCGUUGAAUGAGGAGAUUCAGAGCCGAGCGAGGGAAUGUGUUCAACAGGCCGUUGCCAAACAUGGUGGGCUAAACUACGAAGCUCUGAUGGAUAUGCCAUACCUGGAGCAGUGUAUUUUUGAGGCCCUCCGCAAAUAUCCACCAAUCGCAAAUCUGUUCCGAAGCGUCACCCAAGACUACCAAGUUCCGGACUCAAACGUGAUUCUUCCGAAAGGCAUGAACAUCUGGGUACCAGUGUACGGCAUUCAUCACGACGCAGAGUUCUUUCCAGAUCCGGAACGGUUUGAUCCCAACCGGUUCAGCCCGGAAGAAUGUGAGAGCAGGAAACCGUUCACGUAUAUGCCCUUCGGCGAAGGACCGAGGACUUGCAUUGCCACUCGAUUUGGGAUGAUGGAAACGAAAACCGGACUGGCAACGCUGUUGAUGAAUUUUAAAUUUUCGAAAUCUGUCCGCCUGGAGGUUCCGCCCAGGUUUUCACCCAAGCAUGUGAUGUUGACCCCGGUUGGGGGGCUGUGGCUGAAGGUGCGAAAAUUGGAUCAGUGA